UCCGUUGUAAAAGUCGAUUGCUUUAUCAAUUAUGAACACUAAAAUGGCAUCUUCUUCUCAUCAUUAGUGUCUUCAUUUAUUUUUUUGCAGGAAAGAAACAGAGUCAGAAACUCAAGUCUCCAAGAUCAUCAUCUUCUGAGUUUCAUUCUUGCCAUUGUGAAGCUCUAAGUCAAAACAAGUUGCCAAUGAAAAGUUUGUUAGCGCAAGAAAUGUCAAAGCAGAAAGAAACUAAAAGGAGGUCACCAAGCAUUAUAGCGAGACUGAUGGGUCUUGAUGUCUUGCCUCCCAAGAGUUCUUCUCAUAGGCAACAGAAGUCUGUGGAGAGUCAGCAAGGUAGGAGCGGUGCAGGAUCCAGUUCUUAUGAUGGUUGUGAGUCUCUUAGAAGGAGCUCAAAGGGUGGUGAGCAAAAGUUUAAAGAUGUUUAUGAAGUUUUGGAUGCAAAGAAGGCAGAGAGAAACGGAGACUUAUAUCAUCAGGGAAGAGUGAAUGCUGUUAAUCUCAGCCAGGCGGAGAUGGGUUUUAUAAGGCAGAAGUUCAUGGAAGCUAAGAGGUUAUCAACUGAUGAGAAGCUUCGUCAUUCUAAAGAGUUUGAUGAUGCACUUGAGGCGUUAGACUCUAACAAAGAUCUCCUACUGAAGUUUCUUCAGCGACCUGAUUCAUUGUUCACAAAGCAUAUGCAUGAUCUUCAAAGCACACCUCACAAGCCACAUUAUGGACAAGCGCAGUGUCCAAACAGCCAGAGGCAUGUGGAGAGUCUGAAAACUCAUAAAGUUGAUAGGGACUUGUUACGGAGGUCGCCUCAUAGGCAUGUUGGUGGUGAUGGUUGUUCUAGCCAUUCUCAUACUAGGCAUGCUUCUUAUGACACACUUGACUUACCAAAAGUGGAUCAGGGAAAGAGAAGUGAGUUACAGCCGACCAAGAUUGUUGUUCUGAAACCUAAACUCGGUGGUAGAGCUUUUGCAUCGCCAAGCUCUUCAUCUGAUGAGUUCAGAGCAGAUCGUAGGCUUCCAUGCACUAGCAACCAUGGCAGGCAGAAAAGUAACGAAGACAUCCGCCUUUCAAGACAGAACUCAAGAGAUUCCGGAGAAUUUUCCAAAAUAAUGUCUAGGCAAAGGAAGGCGAGCUGUGGUAAUGGUAGAGAUGCCAUGAGAUUUGAGACUUCAGGAUUCAGAGGUUAUGCAGGGGAUGAAAGCUCAUCAGGGAGUGAUUCUGCAAGUGAGUCAGAGCUAGUGCCAGUAACUUCAAGGACAAGAACCGCCUUUAACCGUAAGAACUACCAUCGAUUUUUGCCUUCCAAGUCAACAUCAUCAUCUGUGAGUAGAGAAGCCAAGAGGAGACUGUCAGAGAGAUGGAAGCUGACACACAACUCUGAACAAGAUAUAGAAAUUAGUAGAAGCGGCACAUUAGCUGAGAUGCUUGCAACUUCAGAUAAGGAAGCAAGGCCAGCAAGUUUUAAUGGACUCAUUUUUGAAGAGGGGAUUGGUAGAAGAGUUGGGAGCAAUGCUCACUUGUCUGAACUGCCAGAACCGGUUGGAAUUAGCAGUAGAGAUGGUUGGAAAGGAUCACGCUCAAGAAGUUAUUCAAAAUCCAAAACCAUCAUGAACCAAGAAAGCACUCAUGGUUACACUAUAGUGCUUCCAAAGGAGUUGAUCAGUCGAGAUGGAUUAGUGAUGGGGAGCUCUUCUCAUCACUCUUUCUUGUCAAGCAAAUUUUCUAGAAAUGGUAGUAAUAAAUCUCGUUCAUCAUACAAUAGCUCACCAGAGGUCAACAUCAGUCCAAGUUUAACCACAUUCCUUUAUCAAAAAGAGAAGCCCUCGCCUUCAAAAACAAGUUGCAGUUUCUCAGUAGAUGCAAAUUCAGACACUGAGGAUAGUUCAGCUUCUGAUGAUGUUAAAACGGUUAUGUCUUCUGAAGCUCCAGAUUUGUCAACUGUCACUUCUUUAACUGAUCCUGAUAUCUCAAGGAUGCCAACUGAGACUGUAAAUCAUUCUUCGGUUCCUGAACCACAGCCUCGUGAAAACUCAAAGGAAAAAGAUCAACCAAGUCCUGCUUCAGUUCUAGAAGCUUCUUUCGACGAUGAUGUUUCAUCGAGUUCUGAAUGCUUUGAGAGUGUUAGCGCCGAUCUCAAAGGUAGACUCAGGAUGCAACUCCAGCUCCUCAAACUAGAGUCAGCUGCUUACCAUGAAGCUAGCAUGCUCGUUCCAAGUGAUGAAGACACAGAUCAGGAGUCAUCAACAAUAACUGAUGAGAUUUUGACCAGCCAUGAGGUCAGAGAAGAAGACUGGAAGUCAUUAUACUUAGUUGACCUUCUAGCCAACUCAAGGUUAAGUGACUCAGACCACAACACUGUCAUGGAAACACCUGUAGAUCCAUCCAUGUUUCAGGAUCUUGAGAAGAAGUACUCAAGCUUGAAAACCUCAACCCGGUUAGAAAGAAGGUUUCUUUUUGACCAGAUCAGCAGAGAGCUUGUACAGAUAUUAAAGCAGUUCUCUGAUCCACACCCUUGGGUUAAACCAAAAAGGGUGUGCCAGAAAUGGGAUGCAAGCAAGAUACAAGAGACUCUGCGUGAUUUGGUGACAAGAAAAAAAGAGAAAGUAAGCAAAGAUGAUGUGGAGGAGACGGAGUUGCAGUGGCUGAGGUUGGAAGAUGACAUUGAAAUCAUAGGUAGAGAUAUUGAGGAAAUGUUGACAGAUGAACUCUUAGCAGAGCUUGUAGUAGAUGCAAUCUUCUAG